AUGUUGUUUUUGUGCUCGGAAGCCUUGGGCUUCCGAGUUUUGCUGCUUGAGCCGCCGGGUUCUCCGGCUGCUCAAGCCUGAUGGAGCCGGCCUGCUCCCUGCUCCGAUGACCCAAUGAGGUUUCACGGCUCCUUGCUCCCUCACGCAAAUCUACCGAGCUACACGCUGGAAUUCCCAGAUCUGGCGACCGUCGCCCAGAUCUGGUCUUCGCCUGCACGGUUUCUCGCCUCGGCGUCCUGGAGUCUGGAUUCAACCUCUAGAUGGAUUAUUUUCUAUUUUCUCUUCUUUGCUGCUGCAUUGUCGUCUUCUCCGUCGUCUUCGUCGUCUUCGUCGUCGUCGUCUUCGUCUUCGUCGUCGUCGUCUUCGUCGUCGUCGUCUUCGUCGUCGUCGUCUUCGCCGUCGUCGUCUUCGCCGUCGUUGACCUCAACAAUUCUUCCGCAACAGAAGCAGGAGUCACCUUUGUGUACUCCAAGAAGUUCUGGAUUUCUUCAAACGAAACCCAGAUCUGGAGAGGAAGAAGAAGAGGGGAAGAGAGGAGAGAAAAAGAAUAAGAAAAAUUAAAAAAAGUCAUGUGGGUCCCAUUAAAAGGAAAAGUUUAAA